CGUAGCAACACAACAAGCAAGAUGGCCGAGUCCGAAACACUGAGUGUCGAUACAAGCAAUGAUACUGGAGAAGAUCCUCUUUUAGAACUAUCUGAUGAAAAAUUAUUUCAGUUAGUUAAUGACACGAUUGAAGACAAUGAAAUUCUCUCAGCCGAAACACAUAUGUUUGAGAAAUAUCUCAAACGAGUUGAACCAAAAGGAGAAGCUGGAAGUCUUCUUCAGUCAGUUCACCCACCAUCUGGUCUGGCACCAUCUACAUCAACACAAGAACUGCGAGGAAUGGGUAGAAAGAGAUCUAAAUCUAGAAGUAGUAAUAUAGAUCGUUCAUUAAAACUAACAGCUGAACAAAAAUGUGAUAUUUCACAAAGAGAAAUUGAAGAGUUGAGGGAAGACAAUGAAAAAGUUCGAGAAGAUUCUGAAAAAAUUCUAGAUAAUUAUAGAGCUAUUAUGGAAGAGGCUGACCUUCGUUUAGCAGAGAUGAAGAAAGAAUUUUAUGAAUUUGAGAGGGAUAUUGUUAAAGGUGCAGUGAACACACGAACAAAUAAAGUUGUCUCUGAAAAAGUCAUUCGUUAUUUUGAAGAUAAAUUAAGAUCAAGGGAUACUUUAAUAGAAAAAUUACGUCUGAAAAAUUCAACAUUAAAAGUACAAAAGAAGAAACUACAUCUUCAAUUGAAACAGAAAGAAGAAAUGGGUGAAGUUUUACAUGAAGUAGAUUUUAAUCAACUUAAAAUAGAAAAUCAACAGUAUUUAGAAAAAAUAGAUGAGAGAAAUCAAGAUUUAUUGAGAUUAAAAAUGAUGGCAGGAAAUACAACACAAGUCAGAAAUGCCUUUCAGAAAAAGUUACAUACAUUAGAGAAAGAAUCUGAAAGAUUGAAAUCUGAAAUAAGUUCUAGAAAUGAUUUAUUAUCUAGAAUUGAUGUAGAAACAACUGUAGUAGAAGAGGAGAGAUUAAAGGCUGAAAAAAUCAAUAAAAAAUUACGUCAACAGUUAGCUGAUUAUAAAGUUCCAGCAGUUAUGGAAUAUGUAACAGAAAAAGCUGAUUUGUAUGAUCUGCAGAAGAAAGUAAAAAGUUGGGAGAGAAAGGUUGAGAUUGCUGAUAUGGCUUUGAAAACACAUCGUAAAACAUGGAAACAACUUGAAAUGGGAAGUCAGUUCGCUAAUAGAUGGCAAAUGGUGGAGCCAAUUUAAUCUUUGUGUUGUAUGAAUUGUGAUAAUAGUGACUACAUGAAGUGAUAUUUAGAGCAUUGCUAACAAUUAAUAUGCUGAUAUUGAGUUACAGAUAAAACAUAAUUGAAAACUCUGAACAUAGACUAUUAUAUUAAUUAAGUGGACACAACUAUGUUAUACAUUUUCCUCUCAGCAUUCUAAAAGAAUAAAUAUCAGAUUAUGUUUUUUAGCAAUAUAUACAUUUUACAAGUUUCUUUGUUAAACCAGACAUAUUUUAUUCACCUAUAUUGUGAUAUAUUUAAUGUAAAUUAAAAGUGAUUUCUUAAAUAUGUGUUCCAAAGAUUGCAUUUUUAACAUCCUAUAGAAUCUCAAUUAGCAUGAAUUGAAUUUGUGUAAUCUGUUCUUAACUUGACGAGAAUAAGAUGUGUAGUUUUGUGAGAAAUUCCUGUAUUCAUCUGAUUCACUGUCAGAACCCAGGGGCCUGAUUCGCAUAAAUUGACUUUUAUAUUUUGUUUUAUUAUCCAAUCAGAUAAGGCCCAUGAAAUAGAACCAAUGAGUUUCAAACUCCCUUUUUUAUAGUUUUAUAUUGUAUAUGAAAUAUUAUGAUUUGAGUUAAAAAUGUAUUUCAUAU